AUGUCGAACGUGCUGAACACCAUCCUUGCUGUGGACAAGGAGCAGGAGCUGCUGCAGAGCUUCAUCCGCACCGGCGCAGCGGCUGAGGAGGAGUCUCAGGACGAGACGAAUCGCCGCUCCAAAGGACGCUCCCACAAGCCACCCAUCUGGGAGAGGCGUGAGUCCACGGAUCGGGGCGGACGCGGUGCCGGACGGGAUGGAAAGCAGGGGGAUGACGGAGGAGCUGGUGGCGGAGCUGGAGGCGACGCUGCGGGCGGCAAGCGCGGCAAUCGAAUCGAGGCCGAACUUAGGGCCGCACGCAAAAAGAUCGAGGAGCAGAUCGCCAAGAAGAAGAAGCCCAAGGAGAACUUCGUCGACUUCUACACGGACAAGGAUCGGGCGGCGGCGGUCAGCGCUGGAGCCUUUGACAUCAAGCAGAGCCUCCAGAUCAAGCAAAAACAGGACCGCAACGAGGCACUGCUCAUCCCGGACGAGGCGGACAUCAGUUCAGUGAUCGCACUGGGCCUCAAGGAGAUCAAGAACGCCAAUCCCGAGAACGCCAUACACUUUUUCUGCAAGGCUCUGGAGCUGAAUGGCACCGACAUCAACGCUUUGAUUUCGCGUAGCAAGUGCUACUUGUUGCUGGGCGAGGCGUCCAAGGCUCUGCAGGAUGCGGAGACGGCUCUUGGCGAGGACAAGAACAACAUUCGAGCCAUCUACCAGAAGGCUGAGUCGCUCUACUAUCUCGGCCAGUUCGAGCAGAGCCUGAUGUUCUUCCACCGCGGAUUGCGGGCUCGUCCGGAACUGGCUUUGUUUCGCCUAGGCGUGCAGAAAACUCAGGAGGCCAUUGAGAAUACCAUUGGCAGCAAGCCGGGUCCACCAGGACCAGCGGCCACUGUGCCCAAGAGUGGAAAGUCCCGAAAGUCCGGCGAGGAUACACCGAAAUCACAGGCAGCCGGUGCAACGGGAACCAGUGCCAGGACGCGCCAGAAGCCCAGUCGAGCGGAUCUGGAGCGACGCAACGCCCGCAAGCUGCUGGGCGAACUGUGCGUGGACAAGGAAUACCUGGAGAAGUUGCUGCUCCAUCCGGACUUGGUCCGUGCGGACACACACACGGAGAGUAUCUCCGCCUACGCCCGCGAGGCGGUGGAGUUCCUUAACAAACGGCAGGAGUUCUGGCGCCAACAGCGUCCCUGCACGGCGCUGCCCAACCACAAGAACCUGCCGCAUGACGCUCUGCCCAAGUGGUUCUAGUGGUUCUAGUGGUUCCAGCUACAUGAUCCUACUGACAUCUUCAGCUUCCGGUGUUAAGUUUCUGUUUGAAUUG